AUGGAGCUCGAGUUUCGACCUCACAUGAUGCAGCACGUGACUCUAAGGCUGAAGUGUGCGACCUCGGCAGAACGACACGAUCUGCUAGAGAAGAUAAAAGACCAUUCCCUGAAGAGACUUUGGGUGCACAAGUAUGACCCCACCGUGCGCUUCGCGUUCGUCCGCUUCGCGCACGUCAUGUGUCCUCGUCUCUGCAGCAGGUUCCUGGACGACGAACCCGAACUUGGGCGUGAACUCGACGAGACGGGCGUCCUGGAGAAGUUAUUGGCAAUUCCUGAAUUGAUAAUUAACGUGUGCUUGAUGAGCACGUUGUCUGUGGUGGACGUGAAGGACAUCAGGAAAGAAAGCCGAUGGCCGCUGUGUUUUUUAGGCGCGAUGGGCUGGCUGGCCAUCUUCUCGUUCCUCAUGCUGGAGACCUGCAACAGGAUCAACUACCACAUACCGUCCAUUCCCAUUAGCUUCCUGGGAAUCACGGUCUGCGCUGUGGGGACAUCCUUCCCAAAUGCGGUCGCCUCUGUCAUAAUGGCGCAGCAGGAGCAGCCGGCUGCCGCCAUCGCCAACGCUCUGGGCUCCAACGUCCAGAACGUAUUCCUUGCCAUGGCGUUGCCCUGGGCGAUCUUCUCCGCGCAGCAGCUCAGCUUCGGGCCCAUCACGCAGCACGUGGCGGGUAUCAACGAGGGCGUCGUCUGGAUGGUUGGCACUUUGGCGCUGUUGCUGCUUCUUGCGCUGUUGCCGCCCGCAUUCGCGCUGAUGAAGUGCCACGGUGCCCUCCUCAUCCUCGUCUACGUGGCCUACUUGCUGGUCACCAGCAUGGAGACGUUCGGGGUGAUCCAGCCGCUGAUGUGA